ACACUUUACAAACACAUUGGUCACAUAUGCUGACCUAAUGAUUGAUCGAUCGAGUCAUUGUAGCCAUCGGUGUCAUUAUAACCACUGCUAUUAUUGAUUGCCAUUGCUCAUCUCAUCCAUUGACCAAUCUAAUUAUCCGAUCGACAAUCAAACGAACCGAAUGCAAUUACCGGCCAAAAGAUCUUUGGUGGUCACAAUGGUUGGUCUGGCCAAGUUAACUGAUUGCAAUCUUGCCAUCGGUGACAAGUUGUUGGCUAUCAUUAUCUGUCAGUACCUCAAUUUCCGGCUCAUAGUCAAUUUCAUUAAUCAAGCAGAUUAUAUCAAUUGUUUGAAUCAUCAUUCAUCGCUCAUAAUUCACUAGGUUAUUAUCUGUCCUGACAAUUGUCCGUCCAUGGGUCAAAUGGACAUCCUGCAAGCAAGUUUCAUUCACUCAAACGGACAAUGUAUGAAUGUUUGUGUAUUGUGUACAUUGGGUGGCCAAUGAUUAGACAUCUAAUUUGAAUAUCCGAGACUCGGAUUUUUAAGUUAGAUAGUUAUGAUGGCACGCACAUACUGCUUGGUGAUGCUAAAUUGGGACAGUCAUACCAUACACGCUGGUGGUGGUCAAUGGGCAGCCCUGACCAACGUCGUUAUAAUGGACAACCAUAUCUGACAUGUGACUAUUGUUGAUCAUCUCUUUAUUUUCUCUACGAUCCGUACAUUGCACACAUAUACUCAACCAUUUCUCUCACCCGUUCAAUCGGAAAGUUAUUCCUUCAUUCAGUGAAUGAAUGAGUAAUUGGCUUGUUAAUUUCCCUAUUGGUUUGUGAGUGGGCCAGAUGAGAGAAAGAAAUGAAUUGGCGCCGAUAUCAAGUGGAUGGUUUAUUAUAUAAAAUACAAUAUUUCAACAUUACCAUUUGAACGCUGGUCAACGCCGAUCCGUAUAUAUAUAUUUCGAUCAGUCAUAGCUCAAUGAAUAGUGAUUGCCCUACCUAAUGAUGAUGAUGGAACGUAUUGAUUGUGCUUGCCAAGAAUCGAUCAAAUAGAAAAUAAAUCUUUAUCAGUGAUUUCUAAUUGACUAACUGUCAUCAAUGAAUGCAACUUGUGUCAGCAUCUAAUUCCGUGCAUUUUUUUUUUGUUCUAGAUUCUUCAACCCUCAUUUCCCUUUUAUUCGUUAUGGCAAUUGCUCGUUCUGUCUUACCAGUUAUUCCACUACUCAUGCUGAUGCGACGUCAUGAUUAUGGUCAGCUGCCUACGACAUCAAAUAUUAUACAGAAUGCAGCUUCAUCUUCACCUCUAAUCAUGAAUCAACGAGACCAUUGGGACCAUGAGUAUGAUUAUAUUAUUGUAGGAGCCGGUUCAGCAGGCUCUGUCUUAGCCAAUCGGCUAUCCGAAGAUGCCUAUAUCAAAGUGUUGCUUCUCGAAGCUGGUGGCAGUGAGAACAUAAUUUCUGACAUUCCAUUGGCAUACCAAAGUUUGCAGCAAACACCUAUGGACUGGAAGUACGUAACCGAACCGCAACAAGCAGCAUGCUUCGGAAUGAAAUCCAGAAGAAGCCUUUGGCCUCGUGGCAAAGUUCUUGGUGGUUGCAGCGUUCUCAAUGUUAACCUAUAUGUUCGUGGAAAUCAGAAUGACUACGAUGAAUGGGCCAAUAAUGGUGCUACCGGUUGGUCAUGGCGGGAUGUGUUUCCGUAUUUCCUCAAGUCCGAAGACAAUCAGAAUAAUGAAUACAUGCUAAAUGGUUACCAUACACGUGGUGGAUAUCUCACCGUAUCACAACUCAAAUACCUGACACCAAUUGGACAGGCUUUCAUACGAGCCGCUCAAUACAUUGGCUAUCCUGUGGUCGAUGUGAAUGGCCCGUACCAAAGUGGUUUCACUGUGCCUCAAGGUACGAUUCGCAAUGGUGCAAGAUGUUCGGCAGCCAAGGCUUUUCUUAAACCCGUUCAACAUCGUUCCAAUUUGCAUAUAUUGACAUUUGCAUUUGUCACGAGAAUCUUGUUCAACGAAGAAAAACGUGCUGUCGCUGUACAAUUUGACCGAUUCAAGCUCAGCCAUCUGGUUUAUGCUCGCAAAGAGAUAAUCGUGAGUGCCGGUUCCAUCAACUCACCACAACUUCUAUUAUUGUCAGGAGUGGGACCCGCCGUUCAUCUCGAAAAACUGGGUAUUUCGAUCAUCUCAGACCUUCCAGUCGGCAAUAAUCUUCAAGACCAUAUAUAUCCUGGGGGCAUCCAUUUUGCUGUCACCUAUCCAGUUACUUUUAGUCAAGAACGGACAUUUAAGCCAACCAAUGUAGCAAAGUACUUCACUUCCGGUACAGGUCCGCUCACCUCUCUUGGUGCAGUAGAGGGACUAGCAUUUGUGAGUACCAAAUUUGUCAACGUCAGCCAGGAUUGGCCUGACUUUGAGAUCCAUCUUUCUUCGGCUACGAUCACCACCGAUAAUGGCAAAUAUAUGCGCAAGUAUAUGGGCGUCACUGACAAAGUUUGGCAACAAGUAUACUCGCCGUAUGUUCAGUACGAUUCAUUCACAUUGGAUCCUGUGUUGCUGAGGCCUAAAAGUCGUGGCUAUAUUCGACUUCGAUCAAAUAAUCCAUACGAACAUCCAAUCAUCGAUCCUCGUUACCUGAGUGCACCAGAGGAUAUUUUUGCCAUGGUUGAGGGCAUGAAGUUGGCAAUAGCCAUCGGUCAAACACCACCUUUGAAGCGUUAUGGUGCUCAUCUAUUUCAGACAGUGUUUCCAGGUUGUGAAGGAUAUUCUUUCAUGGGCGACGAAUAUCUUGCCUGUGUUGCUAGAACUUAUACGGCCACCAUCUAUCACCCAGUUGGAACUUGUAAGAUGGGUUCUAUUGAUGAUGUUACAUCAGUGGUCGAUCCACGACUACGUGUGUAUGGUGUUUCUAAUCUCAGAGUGGUUGAUGCAUCAAUCAUGCCCAACAUUGUAUCCGGCAACACGAACGCUCCAGUCAUCAUGAUCGCGGAGAAAGCGUCAGACAUGAUCAAACAGGAUUGGAUAGGAUAUUGAAUCAACGAGAGAACCAAACCAUUGCCAUUGUAAAUAUCACCAGGUUUACCAUACUGUACAUUAACCAUUUGAUUACGGUCAGACAUUUGUUGUGGAAUAAAAGCUAAUUUCUAUGUGAGACUGACAAGCAUAAUGUUGUUGAUUCAUUAGUAGCCACUAUUAUAAUAAAUUCAAAUUGGCUCUAGA